CACCAAUCCAACCUGACGCAGAACUUCAACACCACAACUUGAAUGAUGAGCACAUUUCUCGAUAGCAACCCCUAACUCUCUGCCAGAUUUGGACUGCCAUCCCCAUGAGUCUUUCGAUGCUCGGAGUAACGUCCAUCCGCCACAAUGUGAACGGACCAAUCAACUGUCGAGUUUGCCGGCGUCAGCCUUCCUCCGACGGGCUGCCUUGCUAUGUCAGCUUCCAUGGCCCUCAACUUCAACACGGACAAACUCAAUAUUGACAAUCCCAUCGAAGUUUCCUUUUACGUAUUGUUUCCUCUGAACAUCUUCUCAACAAGGAUAUCAAAAUGCUCUCUUCUCAAGCUGUCGGUGUUCAGUCGACCCUGGGAAAGGCAGUUCAACCCUGUCCGCCGUGUCAGUGCAGGCUGUGUUACACUAUCCCAGAGGAGAUAUCCUGCUUACUUCCAUUCAACCUGACUUUCCGGGUUAGCACUCAUUUGAACACGAUGCAAUCUGUCAACCCUUCAAUCAUGCCGCCUGCCCACUUGAGAUUUACCACACAUCCAAUCACCAUCAAACCAUGGCCUCAAUCCCAACAUCAUCAUCCUCCUCAUCACCAUUCCCUCCCCUGGCCACCUGUCAAGUCACUAUCCCAAACACACCACUCAUCGACGCGGCGCAUUCCUACACCAAAAAACACUGCAGCGCCAGCACCGUCAACCACUGCCUCCGCAGCACAGUCUUUGCCAUGAUUCUCCUACGCAAAUUCCCACCUCUCUCCACCGCAACCGCCGACAUCGACACUGAGACUCUAGUUCUCUCUGUCCUCCUGCACGACAUGGGCUGGUCAACUACAAAAGCCCUUGUGUCCACGGACAAGAGAUUUGAGGUGGACGGGGCAAAUAUUGCAUGCGAGUUCAUCACUGCCGCCAACUCGACCAUUGACAACGAUGCUUCUCACAAAUGGGACAAACACCGCCUCCAACUGGUCUGGGACUCGAUCGCACUCCACACGACGCCCUCGAUCGCGCAACAUAAAGAACCCGAGGUCUUUGCGACUCAAAUGGGCAUCAUGUGCGACUUUUUCGGACCAAACAUGCCAGGCGGAGGCGGCGGAGGCGAAGCCAAAGCCAGAGCCGAAGACGAAGACGAAGACGGCGGGAGCGGCAACAGCAACGGUAACGGUGUGCCCCUAGUCACGGUGGACGAGUACAAAGAAGUCGUGGCCGCGUUCCCGCGUCUCGGGUUCAAGGAUGAUCUGGUCAACAUCCUCUGUGGCUUAUGUCGCGACAAACCGGACACGACAUUGGACAAUUUUGUUUCCGAAUACGGUAAGCUGUAUGGCCUAGAUGGCAAAGGUGGUGGCUGCGCCGAGUGGCGGGACAAAUGUGAGGAAAAUAACAUAGCCAAACGAUUGAUGGGUGGCUUGACUGCUUGCGAGCAGUGGGAAUAAUGAAUGAUAGUACUAAGUACUAACAACUGAGGUUAUGGAAAAACGUGGCCGUUUUCCCUCGAGGGCAUGGCAUGGGACCGAUACAGAUGCCAAUGUAGAUAGAUUGGCGAGUACCAUAACAAUGGAUACUAGUAGUGGGACAAUGUUAAUUGCAAAAAAUUGUCCAGCGGCCAAGGCAACGAGGCGACCCGUCCGGCACUGGACUAAGGCUAUUCCGCUGCAAACCGUAGAAUGAGC